AUGUCCUACCUCAUUAAGCACUCCGCUGUUGGCACGCUCCUACGUUUUGUUACUACGGGAAAGAUCUCGUAUCGAAGAGGAGCAGCACCAAAGAACAUUUCGCCUGCGUCGACUUCGGUCAACUCUGCUACACCUAGACCUAGCGGUUCCAAGGAAAACGUUUCUAGCCAGGGAAAAGAAGAGGCUGGUAUCGCAGUAACGAACCUUGUGGACUGGAGUGGGCCUGAAGAUCCGAGUAAUCCGCAAAAUUGGCCUUUCCAUCAGAAGCUGAUCAUCACAGCCGUGCUCUGCUUUUGGACCUUCGCACUGUAUGUUGGCUCAUCCAUCUAUACUUCCAGCCAACAACAUGUCAUCGAGAUCUUCGGCGUCACACAUGCUGAGGGUGCGCUUGGUAUCGCUCUCUACGUUUUAGGCUACGGCGCCGGUUCUCUCCUCUUCUCACCGCUCAGUGAAGUCCCAGCCAUCGGCCGCAGUCCCUCCUACGCAAUAUCAGGCUUCUUCUUCAUAAUCCUCUGCAUUCCCACCGCGUUAGUCAACAACUACCCGGGUCUUAUGAUUCUCCGCUUUCUUCUCGGCUUCAUGUGCGGUCCAUGCCUAGGCAUCGUAGGCGCCUCCUUCGGCGACAUCUGGUCCCCGGCCCCUUUCUGCUACUCCAUUGCCCUCUGGUCCAUGGCUGCCACCGCAGGUCCCGCCAUGGGUCCUACGCUAUCUUCCUACGCUGUCGAAGCUAUGGGCUGGAGGUUCUCAAGCUGGGAGCUUCUUAUGAUCUCGGGACCUUUCUAUAUCCUGAUGGUCUUCCUUCUGCCCGAGACUAGCGCGCCUACAAUUCUGUACUAUGAGGCGAAGAGGCGGAGAGAGGAGACGGGCAACAAGGCGUUGGUCAGCGAGGCGGAACUCAAGCAGAGGGAUCUGCAUGUUAGCGCGCUGCUGUGGGAUGCGUUAGUCAAGCCCUGGGUGCUCAAUGUCAAGGAUCCGGCUCUGGGGUUUACGACGCUGUACCUCGGUCUUGCGUAUGGUAUCUUCUAUUCGUUCUUCGAGUCUCUCCCCAUCGUCUACCCGACCGACUUUGGCUUCAGCUCCACCUCCACCGGUCUCGUCUUCCUCACUGUGCUUCCUGCCGGAACUAUCGCCUUCAUAAUCCAGUACUUCUACCUCAAGUAUCGCGUCUUCCCCGCGCUUUUCUCUGGCAAAUUUGGCGAACUAGAGAAUCAUUUGCUCCCUGGUGUUGUCGCAUCUCCACUCAUGCCAAUCGGUCUCUUCAUCUACGCAUGGACCGCCCGCGCAGAACACUCCCACUGGAUCGCACCUACCAUCGGUUUCGGCCUGAUCAUCAUCGGUGUCUACUUCAUUUUCCAGUCUAUUUUGCUUUACAUCCCCAAUAUCUAUCCCCGCUACGCAGCUUCCAUCUUCGCGGCCAACAGUCUGGCGCGCAGUCUGCUUGCUUUCGCCGCCAUCCUCAUUGCGCGGCCCAUGUUCGAGAAGCUGGGUAUUGACGGCGGUGUAAGCUUCUUGGCUGGGCUGAUGGUGCUUUGUAUGUUUGGAAUUUGGGCGAUCUAUAAAUGGGGUAAGGUCUUGAGGCAGAGAAGUAAGUUUGCUAUUGCGUAG